CGCACACACACACUGUGAUAUACUUUUCGAGUCUUUUUGAUUGUCUAGAAUAUACGAUAAGUGCGAGCGUUGAAUACCACUCUGCUAUACAUUGUGUGCUCACUGUGCAAACACAUUUCGUGUAUAUGUGUAUAUGAUUUACGCCACGGUCAGCGGCUUGCUGUAUGUUUUUCACCAUUUGCUUUCGCUUUCAGUCUCAAUCAAUUACUUUGUGCAUUGACAUCGCUGUCUGACUUUUCUCCAUUCAAUUUUUUUCUCUCUCUUUUUUGGCAACAAAAAAAUAAUGGCAGUGAAUACCAAUCGUCAUUUUGGAAAAGGAUCGAGUGAACCGUCCUUUGCAAACGAUGGCCAAUUGCGUUUGUUUUCGAUGCGUUUUUGCCCAUUCGCUCAUCGAAUACAUCUUGUGUUGAAUGCGAAAAAUAUUCCAUAUCAUGUUGCCUACAUCAAUUUGAGCGAUAAACCGGAAUGGUAUUCAAAAUUGAAUCCAAAUGGCAAAGUACCAGCCUUGCAACUGGUUAAUGAACCCGGUGAGCCAUUCUUGGCUGAAUCGAUGGUGAUUGCCGAAUAUUUGGACGAGAAAUACCCUGAGGUGAAGCUAUUUCCCGACGAUCCAUUGGAAAAGGCACAAACAAAAUUGUGGGUCGAACGUUUUGGUUCAAUUGCUGGAGCCUUCUAUAAAUUGGUUUACGAGAAAAAUGCCGACGAUGUUAAUGAGCAGCUGUUGAAAACAUUCUAUGCGGAACUUGGACAGUAUGAAACUGAAUUAGCCAGACGCGGAACGAGAUAUUUUGCCGGUGCGAAACCAGGCAUUUUUGAUUACGCCGUUUGGCCAUGGUUUGAACGAUUCGGCAUCCUUGGCUCGCUCAUUGGAGAUAAGUACAGUUUGGAUGAUAAAUUCCCGAAAUUGGCUCAAUGGCUUCAUUUGACCCGAGAAGAUUUAGCAGUUCAAAAACAUUUGUUGUCAACAUACACGCAUACUCAAUUUUCACUCGGUCGCCGCGAUGGCACUCCACACUAUGAUCUUUUGGUGGAAGAAUCCUAAUGGACAGGAAAUGGAACGAGAGGGAAGAAAAAAACUCGAGCGCUUUGACCAUCACCAAAUGAGUAAAUCAUUCUAUCGCCUACACCCUUUCCAAAAAAAACAA